AUGUCACAGCAGGUGUUUAGGGAGGUGGAGAGGGGCAACCUGGUGGCAGUGAGGAAGCUGCUGGCUUCCAACCCCAACUGCGUCAAUAUCGUGAAUGCAGGGGAGAACAGGACGCCGCUGCAUGUGGCUUCCUGGCAUGGUUUCGAUCACAUAGUCAAGCAACUGCUGCAGCACAGUGCCCGCCACGAAGCACAGGACCGCUUUGGCAACACUCCCCUGCAUCUUGCGUGUGAUAGUGGCAGUGUGGAGACGGUCCAACAGCUUCUGGGUCCAGGGCGAAACGCAACUGUGCGGAUCAAGAACAGGGACGGCCAGACGCCACUACACGUCGCUGUGCUCGGAGGUCUGGAGGAUGUCGUGAAAGAGCUUUUGGCCGCGGGUGCAAAGACUGAUGUGAAAGACAAGGAAGGCCAUACGCCCAUCGAGUACGUCCCAGAGCAUUUUGAGACUCUCAUUGACCUCUUGAAGAGCAAGCCAAGCACUCCGCAGGAGGCAGCCAAGCCACGCACCCCGCGUGGCCAGUCAGACAGCUGGAAGAGCCUGCGGCAGGCUUCCCUGAAUGGACAGCCUCUCAGCGCAAGGAAAAACUCCCGGAUAUCAAGCUCAUCUCCAGAUUCGAAGCAGAGCACGGCCCCUGUGUCGCCCCGGCCACUGAGUGCAAGACGACGGGGCCGGCAGUCUUCCUCUCCCGAGCCCAAGCAAAACGGGGCGCCUGCCACGCCGCAGCCACUCAGCGCUCGCAGGCGGGCAUCAUCGCCAGAACCCAAAUCGCAGCAGCAAGGACGGGGCCAGACGCAGAACGCCACGCGCAGCAGGAGCAUCGUGCUGCAGAACUCACUGGCACAGAAAUCGCUGUCUCGCGAGUCGAUGAAGGCAAAGGCCUCACCCAGGAUGGCCACCAAGAGCCUGCCAGAGCUGCACCGUGAGCUGAAGGAGCUGCACAGCAGGAUGGAGUUGUUCGAGGAUGCGUUUGCCCAGAGCAAGGAAGAGUCAGGCGAGGUCCAGGUGGAGAUCGAUGGGCAUGACAGACAGCUUGCAGAGUUGGACCAGCGGCUCUCACUGCAUGAGUCCCAUCUCCGCGAGGUGCGGCCCCAGGUGCAGGAGCUGGGCAAGGAUGCACGGCGCUCCAAAGACCAGUAUGACCACUUUCAGUGGGCAGUGCAGUCCUGGCGUGAGUCGGUGCAGAGCCAGUUGGACCUGCUGGACAGUCGUGUGAAGGAUCUGGAAGAGGAGGAGGGACAUUGUGCUGACAGGGAGGAGCUGAGGGCCAGACAUGUUGAGCAGGCUGACAAGCUCACCCGCGCAACCCAGCAAAUACAGAAUUCCCUGGAAGACAAUGCAGAGCUGCAGAAGCAGAUCUCCAGUCUGCGCGCACGAGUUGGUAGGAUUGAGACCAGCGCUGUGGAGUCGACCAGCAACAAGGACAAAGAUGCUACUGGUGUUGUGUUGAGCCAGGUCACUGAGCUUGCUCACCAGCUGGAGACUUUGCAGAGUCAAGUAGACAGGACUGCAAAGCGCUCAGACCGAGUUGAAAAGCUGUACACAGAACAUAUGGAAGCACAACUGAACCGCAAGGCAGAACAGGAAAGGGAGCUGUCUGAACGCGAGUCAAAGAUCCUUGACCUGAGGCGUAUGGCCCUUGAGGAGGAAAACCAUCGCCGCCAGCUGUGUGAGGUUCAAGAAGAGCACAAGACCAAAAUGCGUAGCCUGGAGCAGAAGGUUGAGGCCCUCUUGGAGCUUGUGCCAGGAGGUGCAUCAGCGCUCGACGGUUACACAGACAGCAGAACAGCAAACCACAGGCUCACAGGAAGGGUGCAGGACUUGGAGGGGCAGAUCCACAGUCUCAGGUCCGAGCUCGCAGCGCAGCAGGUCACCAAGACCAAGACUGGCUGCUGUGUGAUCUCUUGA